AUGUUCGAUAUAUCAAAGUGUAACGAUGAGAUACUCCUUCUCAUCAUUGAACAAAUACCAUCCCCCAAGGAUCUAGCUUCAUUGGCAAUUUGCUCUCGUCGUUUGUACAAUGCCACUAAACCUUGGUUGUACUCGUCAUGUAUACUGCGGAAGCCUACAUCUAUUCACUACUACCUCCGCACGAUUCUGGCUCAUGAAGACCUGGGCGAUCGUGCAAAAAGGCUUGUUUAUUUCACCGAGGAGAGCUAUUCGAAUCCUGAAAACCUGAAUGACUCUGAUUGGCAGAGACUCCAGCUUGUCAUGGUAAAAGGUUUGCCAUACAGUGCGAAUUUUGACCACCGUCUUCAUUGGAAAAGACUUCGGAAAGGAGUCGACGAUGCUUUUCUAUCUAUGCUGCUUUGUGUACUUCCGAAUCUCGAAGAAAUCGAUAUGCUGCAUUAUGGAAGUUCUGAGCGAGGGCAUCCUUAUGUCGAGUCAUUUUUGAAGCGAGCUGCAACAUACCAGAGGGAUUCUUCAAGUUCACCUCUCGCUAUGAAAAACCUUCGCCGUGUAAGGCUUCAUAACAUGGACGAGAAUAGCUUUCCAGAAAAGGGACUAGCUUUGUUCCAGGCGUUGCCAUAUCUUGAGCUUGAAUCAGUCCAAUACUUUUCAUGCCACAGAGUGAACGGAAGUCUAUUUCCCAGACCAAAUUUUGGAAUUGAUAGACAUAUAGAUACUCCGGGUUCAAUCUAUUGCGAUGGAUCGAAACCUAGGUCAUUAUUUAGCAAGGACACUGUCUCCUUGACCCAUGCUUUCAUCCAACCAGAACAAGUCAGGAAAUUCUUUCAACUCUUCAGUUCGAUUCGCCGGCUCGAGUUUGACUUCAAUCAUGAGGAUGAGUCUAUUGAUAAUUGGGAGCAACAUAAGAUGGAUUUUGUGCCACAAUCUCUCGUCGAUUCUGUCGCUCAUUUAAGCCACUCUCUAGAGGAAUUGAUACUUACCCAACACGAAUACCCUAAUGAGGUUAUAGACGAUAAGGCAGAGCGACCUAUUUCACCAUUAGUCUCAUUUCAAAAACUCAUUAAGCUAAAGAUAUCUGCUCAUCUUUUGUUGGGAAAAGAUCGCCGCUCAAAUUCUCGUUCAACCAACUACAACCAAAUGGCAAUAUUUGAUCAACACUUUUUUCCGAAGUCUCUCAAACAUCUCACUAUUUGCGACUGCAGCACAUCAAUAUUUAGAGUAUUGAAAUCAUGGGCGUUGCCCGGCAACCUUUUGCCUGAAAAUCUUCAAACUUUGAAUAUUUUGUUUACAUCUGAUUCUUGGCAAAUGAUGGAAGAUGUCACGUGUCUAAGCAACCUGACACUUUUUGACUCGAAAUUCCUUCCUUGGAGUAUAAAGAUUAAUUUGGCUAGCUCCGUUAGCCCCGAUACAGAUUGGUGUCCAGGCUGCGUUGAGGUCGAGGGAACUAGAGAAGGACUCGAGUUGAAGUGGAAUUAG